AUGGACGAGGCCGAGCCGAGCGAGCGCAGCCCUCUGCUGAGCAGCGGCGAGCGCGGCCGGGCGGCCAGCAGCGCCUUCCAGGGCCGGCGGCUGGCCUGCGCCGCCGUGCUGCUGGCCGAGCUGCUGGAGCGAGUGGCCUUCUACGGCAUCACCUCCAACCUGGUGCUGUUCCUCAACGGGCCGCCCUACGGCUGGGAGGGCGCGCAGGCCAGCCAGGCGCUGCUGCUCUUCAUGGGCAUCACCUACCUGGUGUCGCCGUUCGGCGGCUGGCUGGCCGACGCCCUGCUGGGCAAGUUCGGCACCAUCCUGCUCAGCAUGGCGCUCUACCUGCUGGGCAUGCUGGCCUUCCCCGUCAUCGCCGCGCCGCACACCCGCCAGGGCCUCUGCGGGGACGUCCCCCUGUUCCCCGUGGAGAACUGCUCCUCUCCGGCGGCCAACGCCACCCUGGCGCCCUGCUCGCAGGUGGGAGCCACCCGCUACUGUGCCACCGCCACCUUCGUGGGACUGGUCCUCGUGGGGCUGGGCGUCGGCUCGGUCAAGGCCAACAUCACCCCGUUCGGGGCAGACCAGGUCAAAGACCGGGGUCCGGAAGCCACAAGAAGGUUUUUUAAUUGGUUUUAUUGGAGCAUUAAUUUGGGAGCCAUCCUCUCUCUGGGAGGCAUUGCCUACAUCCAGCAGAACGUGAGCUUUGUGAUCGGGUACAGCAUCCCAACAGUCUGCAUCGGGAUUUCCUUCAUGGUGUUCUUGUGUGGGCAGAGCUUCUUCAUCACCAAGCCUCCCGAUGGCAGCGCCUUCACAGACAUGUUCAGAAUUCUCACCUACUCCUGCUGCUCCAAGAAGAGCCACGGGGAGCACUCGGCAAGCAGUGAAGGCCAGGGAGUGCUGCACCCGCCUCGCAGGCAGAGCCUCUUCGAGAUGGCCAAGCUGUCUCGGGGGGGCCCCUUCAGAGAAGAUAAGGUAGAGGAUGUGAAAGCUCUUGUCAAGAUCAUCCCUGUCUUCCUGGCUUUAAUACCUUACUGGACAGUGUAUUUUCAAAUGCAGACAACAUACGUGUUGCAGAGUCUCCACCUGAAAAUCCCCGAGAUAUCCAAUGACACCAACUCCAUCCACACGUUCCCAGCAGCCUGGCUGACCAUGUUUGAUGCAGUGCUUAUCCUGAUCCUGAUACCCCUGAAGGACAAACUGGUGGACCCCAUUUUGAAGAGGAAUGGCUUGCUGCCCUCCUCCCUGAAGAGGAUUGCAGUCGGGAUGUUCUUUGUGAUGUGCUCUGCCUUUGCUGCAGGAAUUCUGGAAAGCAACAGACUGAAAAUUGUGAAGGUUAAAACCAUUAACCAGACCAUUGGGAAUGUCACAUACCACGCUGCAGACUUGCCAAUCUGGUGGCAGAUCCCUCAAUAUGUGCUGAUUGGAUUCAGUGAAAUAUUUGCAAGUAUAGCAGGGCUAGAGUUUGCCUAUUCAGCUGCUCCCAAGUCCAUGCAGAGUGCCAUUAUGGGGCUGUUCUUUUUCUUCUCGGGGAUUGGCUCCUUCGUGGGCUCUGGGUUGUUGGCACUGGUGUCUGUUAAAGAAAUUGGCUGGAUGAGCAAUCACACGGAUUUUGGCAAUAUCAAUGGCUGCCAAUUAAACUAUUACUUCUUCCUGCUGGCUGCUAUCCAGGGAGCCACCCUGCUGCUUUUCCUGAUCGUCUCUGUGAAGUACGAGCACCACAAGGCCAAGGCCGGCGAGGCCAACGGGAGGCUGUGACCGCGGGGCACUCAGUGCCAGCACGGGGAGGGCAGUGCCCCCGCAGCAGUCCUGCCUGCAGGGACCCUGCAGCCCUGCCUGGGAGAGUGGAAGUGCCUUAGGGCAGGGCUGCUUCUUGCACUACGGCCUGGCAGGGACAGCAGAGCUGCACUGAAGCCCCUGCAGGCGUUCGGGCUGCUCUCUGCUCAGGGGAGAUGUUUACUGGGCUCCUGAGGCUGGCACACCUGGAGGGCACUGCAGGUGACCCGAUGUGGAGCUGUGACACCCUGCAGGCCAGGCCUGCCCUGAGGACACAGGAGGGAAACCACUGACAGCAGCCUCAGGCAGUGCGUGGGAGUCAUUCUGGGGUGAGAAACAGGGACAAAUUAAACUACAGAUUAGCACAGCCUAAAUUUCAUGAUUGACCUGGUACUGACAGUGUAUCCAGGAUUUCAGACUUGCAGUCAGGAGUAUCCAGGACUGAGGACUGAAUCCCAAAUCCCAGUAGCUGGGCAGACAGCUGCUGCAGACUGGUGCACAACUCACACUAGUUGGGAUUGAAGCUGUUUGACUGCAGCAAUAUUCUUAUUUUUGAGCCUGCUUUAGAUCUCUUAGGACAACAGCCACCUUUGGACAAGGCCCUGUUCAGUCUAACACCGUUCCUCCCCUAGGGAUAUCCCACAUAUCUGCAGGAAGCAAAGCAAGCUGGAAUUCUGAGCAGAUCAAUGCACAGCAACCAUUUAGCAGCCUUUAGCCAGCUCCUUCAGUCUUGUCUUACUUUCAGUUAACGUGCUCCAGGGUUUGGAUCUUUCAGCAACACAUUCCUCCAGCAGAGCAAACGGCUUUAUGUUCAGCCUCUUGAAUUUUAAUGACUCUAACAACUGUGCUUCAGAGUGUGUGCAGACUGCUAUGGAAGGUCAAGGAAUUAUGCAGAAAGAAAAUAAAACCUUUUUAUUAAUGUGUUGAAUUUUUAUAGUUUCCUUUGUCUGCAGUUCUGUUGUUUAAAAUGUCCUUAUUUUGUACCUGGACAUCUUUUUAAUGAGUUUACAAAAUAAAAUGAACCUCCAUGCUGUGACUUUCGACCCUUUGUUUCUAGGUGAAUAAAAUGAUACUACAACUG